GGAGGAGAGGCCUKGGCACGGCACGGCCCUUGGGGCUGGGCUGGGGGCGGCCGCGGAGCCCUGGCACUGCCGAGCGGGCACAGGGCACCCAGGGAGGGGUAACGCAGCGCUCCUGGUUAUUCAUUGACGGCGGGAGGGGACGGCGGCAGCGCGGGGCGGCCGUCCCGGUGCGUGUGCUCACACGGCGGUGCCAGGUCCCCCCUUGUCCCCAGCAGCGCCCGGCAGAAGAUGCCAGGCAGGAGCGUGUGGGUGCUGGCGCUGGCGCUGGCGCUGGCACUGCCCGGCUCCGGGCAGCAGCACCUGGACGAGGCCGAGCGCAUCAUGAAGACCACGCCGGUCAUCGACGGGCACAAUGACCUGCCCUGGCAGCUCCUCAAGAGGUUCAACAACCAGCUGAGGCUGCCAGAAGCCAACCUGACGCUGCUGAACGACACCCACACCAACAUCCCCAAACUGCGUAGUGGCCGUGCUGCCGUGCUGACCGAGUGCCCGUGGCAGUUCUGGUCCGUGUACGUGCCCUGCGAGACGCAGGACAGGGACGCGGUGAGGCGCACSCUGGAGCAGAUGGACGUGGUGCAGCGCAUGUGUGACCUGUACCCCGAAACCUUCGCCUGUGUCACCGACAGCGCCGGUGUCCGGCAGGCGUUCCAGAGCGGGAAGGUGGCCAGCCUCAUCGGGGUGGAGGGCGGCCACUCCAUCGACAGCAGCCUGGGCGUCCUGCGCACCCUGUACCGCCUGGGAGCCCGCUACAUGACCCUCACCCACAGCUGCAACACCCCCUGGGCUGACAACUGGCUGGUGGACACCGAGGAUGAAAAACCUGUGCACCACGGCCUCUCAGCAUUUGGGAAGACGGUGGUGUGGGAGAUGAACCGCCUGGGCAUGAUYGUGGACCUGGCCCACGUCUCGGUGGACACCAUGAAGAUGGUGCUGAACAUCUCCAAAGCCCCUGUCAUCUUCAGCCACUCGUCUGCCUACAGCAUCUGCCCGCACCGCCGCAACGUGCCCGACGAUGUGCUGCGGCUGGUGGCCUCCACGGAAAGCCUGGUGAUGGUCAACUUCUACAACGCCUAUGUGACCUGCGGGGACACGGCCACGCUGAGCGAUGUCGCGGACCACAUGGACCACGUGAAGAAGGUGGCCGGUGCCCAGGCUGUUGGCUUCGGCGGGGACUACGAUGGGGUCUCAGGGCUCCCCACUGGMCUGGAGGACGUCUCCAAGUAUCCUGCACUGGUGGCCGAGCUGCUGGCGAGGAAAUGGACGGAGGAGGAGGUGAGGGGGGCCCUGGCUGAGAACCUGCUGCGGGUCUUCAGCAAAGUGGAGGAGGUGAAGAGGACCCUGCAGGGCACAGCUGCCCAYGAGACCCCCAUCGCCUUUGAGGAGCUGGAGGGGUCGUGCCGGACCAGCUAUGGGUACCCCAACGGUGCGGGCAGUGCCCGGCCCCUGCCGGCAGCGCUGGCCCUGGCCCUGGCGCUCGCCCCGCUCCUCGCCCUGCUCUCCUAGCCCCCGGACCGUGCUCGGGGCUGCCGGGCCCCGCUCCAUCCUGCGCCCCUUCCUGCCGAAUCUGCCGGCAAAAUAAAACCGCGGCUCGAGCAGCGCCGGCAGCGAGUGUCCGUGUGGGACCCUGCGGGACCCCCGCCCCAGCCUCCAGCGGGACAUGCUGGGCCACCCCGGCGUGUCACCGGCCACCCCGGCGUGUCACCGGCCACCCCCGCGUGUCACCGGCCACCCCCGCGUGUCACCGGCGCGGCGGAGCAGCGGGGUCCCACCCCGCGACACCGGGGAGCUGUCACCGCGCCGGGAGUGACACAUCCUGGCAACACCUGGCCAGGGCGGCUGCAGCGCUGCCUCCGCAGGAUGCUUCCAUUAAUCAUUAGCUAAUUA